AUAGAAGUAAAAGCGUUUUUUUUCUCCCCCUCUCAGUGGUAAUUUCCUCUUGAAACGGGUCAAAUAAAAUAUCUAGUUUGACUGCCUGUGCGUCGCAGAUACCUUUUCUGAGUUUUAACCAAACAUACGAUUACACGCGCUACUGUUCCUGGCGUUUGCGGACUGCGCUAUUUUGGGGAAAGGGCGAUCUGUGCGCCACAAAGUUGAUCAAGUGUUUGUCUAGGAAGUUGUAAUGUCAGCCAGAGCUGUGUGGCCGAUCGCGGUAGCAGCAGCGCAAACACAGACGCGGUACCACUGAACCCCCUGCGAUCGGGUCAAUCACAAUGGAUGCUUUUUGGAUGUUACUACUGCUGCUGAUCCCGGUACUACUAUGGACCAGCAGCACGUUUGUGUUUUAUUUCAAAAAGUGUUUCUAUGUGGCCUGGAUGAUGAGUUUGGCCGUGUUUGCAAUCCCGAUUUGUAUUCUGAAAAGCGGAGGCAGGGACAUAGAAAACAUGAGGGUGAUCCGCUCCCUGGUGCGGCACGUGAAGUACUUCCUGGGUCUGAGGUUUGAGGUGAGCGGCUGGGAGCACCUGCAGACGGAGGGACCCUAUGUAAUCAUCUCCAACCACCAAAGCUCACUAGAUGUCCUGGGCUUGAUGGAGAUCCUUCCUGACCGCUGCACCAUGAUUGCCAAGAAGGAGCUGGUGUACGCGGGCACGGUGGGCAUCGUGUGCUGGCUCGGGGGCAUUAUCUUCAUCAACCGCAAGAAGACCAGCGAUGCCAAGAGCGUGAUGGCCGACGCCGCCAAGACCAUGCUGGACGACCAGAUCCGGCUCUGGGUGUUCCCUGAAGGCACGCGCAACCAGAAAGGCGACCUGCUGCCGUUCAAGAAGGGCGCGUUCCACCUGGCGAUACAGGCACAGGCUCCCAUCAUACCCAUCGUGUUCUCCUCCUACAGCAACUUCUACUUGCGGAAAGAAAAGCAGUUUAAAUCCGGCACCAUCACUCUGAAGAUCCUCCCGAAGAUCGAGACGAAGGGCAUGACGACGGAUGAUGUGUCCGCUCUCGCCGACAAAUCCUACAACAUCAUGCGCUCUGUGUUCAUGGAGAUCUCAGCACCAGGAAGUCAGAGCAACGGCCCGUCGGGUCACUGAGCGUUCUGCCUGCCCAUCCCAAACCCUACCCCUACCCCACCCACACACACAAACACACACACCCCC